AUGUCUGGAAAGGAGAGGAAGCGUGGAAAUGGGACAGAGGCCCCGCCGCGAGACACUGCGGGCGCAUCCAGUGCAAUGGCGGUUAAAAAGUUGCCUUCGAUGCGGCCGGAGCAGUCCGCCGUGUCCGCCGUGUCCGGGGAAUCGUGCUCGCUGAUGCCCACGUUGGCCGUCGCCGGGAAGGCGUCUGAGCGCAGCGUCCACUGGAGCAGGAAAUUUAUAAAGAAAGACGAUUUGGAGCCAGCGGCGGUGGGGAGCCAGGCCAGCCAGGCCCAGAGAGCGGCCGACAGCGUCCAGCGUCUGGAGGGAGGCUGCUCGGACCUGGAAAAACAGUUGAGGGACGAAGUGAGAAAACGCACGGCCGGCUCGGCGUCCAAGCUGGCGAGGGUCACGGAGCAGGAGGAGCGCGCCGACAUCAUGCUGGAGCUGCAGCGGCAGAACGCCCGGCUGCGCAGCGAGCUGGAGCACCUCAACAAGGCCAGCGACACGGAGGGCGCCCUGCAGCACCUCCACCGCGUCCAGGAGGACAUCAAGUCGCUCGAGGACAAGGUGCGAGCCGGUCGAGAGCUCUUCUGUCCGCGACAGGCCAAGCUGGCGAAGGCUCGCGGCCGGCUGCAGCGCACCGAGCGCGAGCUGGAGGAGAAGAAGCUCCACCCGAAGAAGGUGGUGCACUCGGUGGACUCCCUGAGGACGCUGCAGCUCGUCUGGAGCGAGCACGUCUCCCUGCUGGAGGGCCUGGCGCGCCGGCAGGAGCAGUGGAGCUUGCUGCGGGACAGAGUGGAGAUGUUCGCACGGAACAUCGACAUCCUCCGGACGGAGAACGAGGAGCUGACGGCGAGGCUCGUUGACGUGCACCUGCAGCUAAAGGACUUCGUGGAGCGGCCCAUGCUGCCCACCGCCGUCGUCGACAAGAACGUGGCGCUGCUAAAGCACAUGCUGACGAUCGAGGCGACGCUGGCCGAGAAGGCCGUGGAGCUGGAGAAGCAGGAGGAAGGUCUCGUGCUGGAGCAGAACAAAGUGCGCGAGCUGCUGGUUGAGCUUGAAGGCCUGCGACGCGAGAAUCGGCACCUCAACAGGCGGCUGCAGAAGUUUAGCGACGCGCAGCGGUCUCCGGACGACGGCCAAAGCCACGCCGGCGUCUCGCGGAAGGGGUCCUCGACGGUGUCCUCCAGGAACAAGUUGGAGCAGACCAGCAGACGCACGCCGCUGGGCAGCCAGAACCUCAGCAUGUUCCUCAUGCCGCGCGCCGAUCCCGGCCACUUGCGCGCCGACCCGUCCCGGGAUCAAGAGCAGGACCAGACGGAAGGGCAGGAUCAAGAGUGCUGGAGGGAGGGACAGGGCCAAGAGAAUCAGCAGGAUGGUCAGGAUGUAGAGGACCAACAGGAUGAACGGAGUCAAGAGGAUCAGCAAGAUGGACAGGAUCUAGAGGACCAACAGGACAGGCGCAGUCAAAAUAAUCAGCAAGAUGAACAGGAUCAAGAGGACCGACAAGAUACGCAGGACAAUAAUCAGCAGGACGAACAGGAUCAAGAGAAUCAACAAAAGGGAAAGAGUCAGGAGCGCCAGCAGGAUGGACAGGAUCAAGAGGAGCAGCAGGGUCUAGAAAAUCAGCAGGAUCAAGACGAUCAGCAAGAUGGACUACAUCAGCAGGAUCAAGACGAUCGUCAGAAUGGACAGGAUCAGCACGAUUGGCAGGAUCAGGAGGAUAAACAGGAUCAGCAGGUUGAGUGGGAUGGAGAGGAUCAGCAGGCUGGUCAAGAUGAGCCCCAAGCCUCCAGCUCGUGGUCGCCUGACGGCCCUGACGGCGACAGGCGGUACCCGAUUUCGCCCCCGCAGCCGCGGCCGUCCUUGGCGUCCGUGGCGUCGUCGGUGGCCACGGCCGCCCUCCUGCCCACGGCCUCGGGGCCCGCGGUCUCGGCGUCGAUGGUGCCACACGACGGGCAGGGUAGCAGCAGUCCACCGGCACCGCCAUCAACAACCAAUUAAUCAAUCAUUGUUAUGU